AUGGGAGUACCGGCAUACACCGCCGGCUCCCUUCCCGGACCCCAAAGGCCCUCGAGAAAGACUGCCCUGCUAGCGGAGACCCGAAGCCUCACUAAGGACAAACACAGCUGGACCCAGGUAAAACAUACUGGGGGCGCUGCAGUGCGAAGGCGGCGCGGAAAUCAAACUCGCCGUACGGCCGUGAAACAGCCUGGGAGAGGUGCGGACCACCCCAUUCGCAUCAACAAACGGCGGACCACAGGGCUCACCAUGGGGGCCGCGAUAGCACAACUCCACAAGCACAGACUCAGCCUACAGACACACAGUCAGGCAGGGCCCUCUAUCAGAGCCACAUCAUACCUACCACAGCAGAUGCCGGCCUACACUCAGACACUCCACCCACGCAUCACCGGACUGGGAGAACUGCAGCUCACAUCACAGCACAAGGGGAGCCUCUACAAGGCAUUGGAUGAACCACACAGCACUGGGACUCAUUGCCUAGCAAAGGACUUCUUUUAUUUUUAUUUCUAUUUAUUUUUUCACUAA